AUGUCAAUGGCGUGCGAAACCUUGGCCGAGAGACAGGCUGCGAACGCGGCCAAGCCGUGCAAGAAAGCUUUCAGGCCGGUGUUUCCGGCAGCGAUUGCUGGGUAUGUGGCUCCAGGGCUCCUUUUUUUGGGGUGCUCGGUAGUGGGAUACGGAUUGUCUACUCGAAGGAAGUGGGCCGUUUCCGGUCUAGUGUCGCCCUCCACUCAAAUGUCGAUAAUGCUCUUAUUAAUGGUUGCCGACCAUGGAAGCUCGUUCUGGGACCACUCACGGGUCUCCUCCGAAGAGUACUGCUUGACCAGUAUGAUCACGUCCUCCAAGACGUUGGAUGAUACGAUCGGCAGACUUGUUUUUGGAGGACUGGGGACCGUCUUGGCGGCGGUAGCGGCUUAUGGGGUGAGGAGUGGAUCGAUCACGUUGGCGGCCACCAGCGUGCCUUUUGCCAUGAUCAGCUACUACCUCUGUUGGUCUCCACAAAAAUUUCAAAGUUGCCGCAACAACGGCCUGUUUACGGGAGGGCUCGCGUUCGGUUUGGACAUCAUGGCGUUCGUUGGUAUCAUGGAGGUACUGCUGCAAUCCUCUGGCAACAAGGAUACGUCUUGGCACGUGCCAACUGUAAUGUAUUGUGUCGUGAUAUCUGCUCUGUUUGUCGCGCUGUUCGGUUGGCACAGCGACUACGGGAAAAGGGUCAGGCCCGGCUCCUGUGUGAUCGACGACGAGGCAGAUGAGGCUGCCGACAAGCUAAGAGACAAGAGACCCGAGUUGUACACGGGGGUUUUGAUGAGCGUCACGAGCAUCGCGUUCUACCUGUAUCUGAAAAUGAGUUUCAGUGAAAUCUCCUGUUGCGCCACGUUCCCUGCACUCUUGUUUCUGGGCUUCGAUGUAUUGAUCAAGCUACAGGUCUGGAAACGGGGGAAAGCGCUAGUCGGAGACGCCCUUCAUAGGUCGUUCAUAUACCUUACCGUCCAAGCUCUGGACGUGGCCUUGAGCUCUAGUUCACUCGUGUCUCUAAUGUCCGACAAAGGUUUGCUUGGAGGCGGCGUUGCAAAGUCGCGAGGAUUGCUGACCCAUGCAGCUCAUCUUGCCGGCGGGUCCAUGACAUAUGUCUGGAAUGUUUUGAGGCUGAUUGCCGCUCUGAUUUCGGGCGGCGGCAGCGGCAUGGCGACGGGCUCGUUCAACAGGCUUGCUGAAAUAGUGAAGCUUGUUUCGCUCAACGUUGCCGCAAAUCUCGUCCCUCUUUUCAUCGACCAGAAAAACUCCUCGUAUGUCCUCAGUGCUUCCCCCCAGAAUGAUUUGAAUGUGCCGUGUCACGUAGACUAA